AGGAAGUGAAAUGUCUUGAUCAUCAUUUUAUUUAAAAUUUCCCAGAAGUCAGACUUUGAGUUUGAAAGGUAGCCACACAUGAACAAACACAUCCACAUGAAUGGAUCAAAUGAUUUCUUCAGUAAAUAUUUAGGCUGUUAAGACUUUUACUCUGUUACUGUGUGAUGUUACAGCUCAGCUCAGAGACUUUUAUUUUGUAGAUUAUGUUUCUGUUAAAAGUUCAAUCUUUUUGUUAUCAUGCAGUCCAAAACUAGCUGGUUAGUUUUUGACUAACACCUGGUCUCAGUGUUUACAGUAUGAAGAGGGACUGGUUCCCUGAUUGUAAAAGGUGACAAAAAGUGCAUUGUGCAUUUUUUUCUACUAGGCAACCAAGAUGGGCUCUCUGAACCAUAUAUAUUACAGAAAUGAUAAUAGCUUAAUAAUUUAACGGAUAAACAAAGAUGGCGGUAGUUAAAGAGAUGGACAAUACAGAACUCUCCUGGUCAUCCAUAAUCACAUUUGAAAUAAAAGAAGAAAUUGUAUUGAAGGAGGUAGUAAAUUUGACAUGAACAAUUUUAAGUCUUUAUAUCCACACAAGUUGAAGUACAGUAUAUUAUUUGUAUAUGCAUUGGUGCCCACAUAAGUUUGUCUCUAUGAAAUUGGGAGUUAUCCGUGUAAAAUGUACAACGUGUUCCUCAGAAAGAACUAAGUACCAGUAUCUCGCGACUGUAAAAUAAGUGCAAUGUUUGAGUAAUUUUUGUUGAUCCUGGCGGAUAUGAUGCCCAGAGCUGUCCCCUGCUGCUGAGCUGUAGUAAAAGCAGGAAGUAGAGGUGAACCAUCUCACUCCUUUCAUAAUCUUCGGUGAUGACAAAGAACCAAACCAGGAAGUGGAGCCAAAAGACGAAACAUUAGCAGAGACACUUUACACGCUGUUUUCUUUAUAGCACUUGUAUUGUUUGAAUGACGCAGACCAGACGUCUUGCUCUUUGGUGUUGGGGCUACAUGACAGUCGUUCAAACAAUCAUCCAGCUGACAGUAAGAGAGCCCGAGUCAAGUCUGUGUUGUCGUGUAUGAGACUUUUCCUCUCUUGACGGUGACGUUUCUGCUUCUGGUUCAUUGGCCAACCCAGUUUUUUAAUCCAUAGCUGGACUGGGUUGAGCUCGGAGGGAUUACGUCCCUUUAAUUUGUAACGUCAAACCAGCUAAAACUACACUAGAGCUGGAGAGGAAUCAGUUUUAAAACCAACACUUUAACGCUCUGGACCAGAUUUUUCUCGUAGAAACAAACUGUGAGGGUUUGACUGUCACUGAUCUGAUCCCUGUGCUUCACUGUCUUUUCAGUUUAGGGUUAAACCCUCUUCACAUUUUAUCACAUAUAAUUUACGCCAUUAAAACGCUUUACCGUGACUCCUGAUUUGAAAAACUAACACCGGAAGUACUGUGAGUUGUCAUUGUGUACAGCCUGGCUCAGUUCGUGGCCGGCUCUCUGUCUGCUCUCCUCUCUUGACUUGUGAACCGUAUGAGUCGCAGCUGACCUCCGGUCGAUCCUGUGCGUCGGGUUUUCCCGCUUCAUAACUACAUAAUUAUGCAGCUCGUGCAGUGUCUCGGCAGCACGCGCGCUGCGUUUCUCCGUCUCCGCUCGCCUUUCACAUACUGUGGAGCCAGCAGGUAGCCGGACAGGUGGGUCACCAGUAUGCGGUCUGACGUGGAGUACAGCCCGGUGGGAGAGGGGCUGGGGAUGCGGGACUUCUGGCUGUACGUGUGGCUGCGCAGGGCGUCGGUGAUAGCGGCUCAUGUCACCGGCUUGGGCCUGACCCUCAUCAUCUCCCUCCUGUCCAGACCCGGAACCAGUCUGUUUUCUUGGCAUCCGGUGUGUAUGUCUGUUGCAUAUUGUCUGUGUAUGACUGAGGGCAUACUCCUCUUCUCAGCUGAGGGCUCUCCCUUCUGCUUCAAAUCCCGGAAGGGUAAAGUCCGUCUCCACUGGUUCUGUCAAGCACUGGUCCUCAUAGCUUCGGCCACUGGGCUGGGCUUCAUGGUGGCCAGUAAAAAUGUGUCAGAGCGCCCCCACCUGGUAACCUGGCACAGUCUGCUGGGCAUCUGCACCCUGGCCACCACUGUACUCCAAGCUGCUUGUGGUAUAUGCAUGAUCUUCCCUAAGCUGCUGCGCCUCUCCUCCUCCCUGCCCAAACUGAAGCUGUACCAUGCCACCUGCGGCCUGGUGGUCUACCUGCUGGCCACAGCCACCGUGGUGUUGGCCAUGUUCUCAGACUGGUUCCAGGCCACGGUGAAAGGGAUAGCCUGGUGGGCCUUCCUCCUGCUCCCCUUCUUCCCUGCUCUGGUGGUGAUGAACCAGAUCACUAACGCCUACCUGCCCCGCAAGAAACUCACCAGCUAGGAAGCACAGAGGACGCAUCCAGCAGCCAUAUUGGAUUUACACUGUGGUGGAAGUGAGAGGCCUCAGCUAAAGGCAAAUAAACCAAAACACUAGUUAGUCCCAUAGUAGAAGAACACAAACACAUGGGCGUCUGUCUGAAACCACAAGUUUCUGAAGGGAAGUUUUGCUUGUCAACAUGUUAGUCGGUUACUGGAGCCAGACAAUCGUCAUGCGGUGGAGCUGAGAUUAGACCGCAAACCUCAAAUACUUUGAUCAUUUGUUCCAACUAAUGAUUGAUUUGUCUGCACAAAUCUGUACCUUCAAAUGAUUUAUCUGUUCACACAGAUUACUCACUUUCUGCACUCAUAUGAAUUAAGUCAUUGUAGCAGCUGCAGUUUUCUGUGUCUAAUGCAGAAACCAGAAUCUUAACAGCAGCUGAGUGAACACAUUUAUUAUAUUUGAUUAAUGAAUUGGGUCAUUAGUAUAAUGAAGGGAGUGUUUUUGGUAGUUUUUGGGCAGACAUUAUUAGGGCUGCACAGUUCAUCAAAAUAUCAAAAUUGCAAUAUGGCCAAGUGUAAUAUCCAAAUCACAGGAGCUGCAUUUUUUUUUUGAUAGAGGCAAAAUGUUGUGGUGCUACAGAGAUGUCCGAUCUACAAAUCAUAUUCUCUAGGAACACGAUUGUUUGGUUCAAGACCAACAAAAAUCACAUCAUCAUUUUAAAGCAUUUUCAGUGAAAAUGAAAAAAAAAAAACAUAAUUUCAACUGAAAUCAUGACUCAUAAAGCAAUAUUUGACAAACUAAUCACAAUAUGAGUUUUAGCAUGUUACUGAGCCCUAGGAGUUAUUAACUUGAAGGUAUGGAUAUUGUGUUCAGACAUGUUGCCUCUGAUACCUCCAGGACUCCUGAACUGCAGCUUUGAACUCUUUGGCAUCUUCAAGCUCCAACUCCUGCUGGAAUAAGAAACACAUAGGAAUUUAAUGACACUAUGCACAACAUGUGGGCUGCUGUGCCAGAUGUGAAACCCAGGACACAAUAGAGGACGUUUUCCUGACAGACGCCUGGAGGCGGCGCCACAGCUGGAGCUGGCUGACACCUCUGAACCAGCAGAGGAAUGUUUGCACUACAUAUGCAGAGACGCUGCAUGUAGAGAGGUGUAGACCGGACAAAAAGUUCUGGAUGAUUCUAUACCAGCUUGUCAAUUCUAUUUAUUAAUUCAUGAUAUUUUUGUGUUGUGUCUGUUUUGGCUGCUUCCCAGUGCUACGUCAAUCAAUAACUUUUAACCUAACAGUGAUUAGAAUGAUGACUGAUAUAAUGUGAAAGCAGUAAAGAUUGAUCAGCCAGCUGCAGCCUCUUUCAGCUCGUUUGGUUUUAUGACAUGUCAGCUGUUUGACUCUCCACUCCCCGCUCAGCGCCACCCAGCAGUCAGACAGCGUUAGCAAGCAGCCAGUGAAAGAAAUGCAAUAUUUAGCAGCUAAAGAGACAAAUGUUUUCCUCAGGAGCUGGUGAGGAGGAAAUCAUAGCUAAAAGAAGACUGAAUGUUGGAUUUAUAUUUGUCACUUGGACAUUAACACAACUCCAGAUGAAUGCUAAUGUUGCUCUGUGUCUGCCGGAUGGGUCAUUAUGGAGGCAACUGUUUGUUAAGAUGUAAGCAAUAACAAUGUUAUUGGGUGAUGAAGGCAGUGUGGAGUGUACAUUUCAGUUUUUGAUUUUUAAUAAAUUUGCAAAAAUUCCUAAAAACAUGUUUUCACUUUGUCAUUAUGGCCGACUGAGUGUAGACUGAUGGACAAAGAUGUCAAGUCUAUCCAUUUAGUUUUUCACAAUUGCUAGAACACAUUUCUUGAAACCUUCCAUGCAUUUCUCAAAACUGUAACACAAAACCCAGCUGUGAAACUAUAUUCACCAGUCCAGUGCAGUGUGUUUUAGUGAAAAUGUGUUUGGAGUUUUGUCAAAAGGUGAAUUGAGAUCUGAAACUUGUGUCUAACUGGUGAAAAUAAUUUAUGGUUUUACCAAGACUGAUUGAUUCAAUAAAUGGGCCCAGGCCACUGAGGAUUUGG